AUGAAUUCGUUCGCGAAUUCUCUUAGUCCUUUAGCAUCAAACAUUAGGGUUCAACUUGCUUUAACGGCCUUUGGCGCAACACUUGCCACAGGGAUUGCGAUUUUUUCAUACCAAUCAUAUCAGAGAGACGCGCGCAAGAAGGCCCUUAAGAAAAAAAUUUCUAAGGAUCCUCCCAUAAGGGGAAUAAACCCAAAGGCCUCAAAUGCCCCAGCCAGUGUUGAGCAUUUCGACGAAACACUCAUCAAAGAACAGUUGGCUAGAAAUAUAGCCUUUCUCGGAGAAGAGGGUGUUGAUAAAUUACGAAACUCCUUUAUUAUAGUUGUGGGGGCCGGGGGAGUUGGAUCUUGGGCUGCGUUGAUGCUUGUUCGUUCUGGCGUCCAACACAUCAGAAUAAUUGAUUUCGAUCAGGUCACGUUGAGCAGCUUGAAUAGACACGCAGUUGCCACACACGCAGACGUUGGUAGUCCCAAGGUUAUUGCUCUACAAAAGAAUUUCAAGGAGUUCGCACCGUGGGUGAAAGUUGAACCUGUAAUUGAGCUUUUUACAAAAGCAAACGCUCCUCGACUCUUAGCGGGAAAUCCGGAUUUUAUUAUCGACGCCAUUGACAAUAUAGAUACAAAACUAGAUCUUCUCAAAUAUUGUCAUGACAAUAAACUUCCGAUUUUGAGUUCCAUGGGAGCAGGCGCAAAAGCCGAUCCAUCGCGCGUGCAAAUCAGUGAUAUUAGUCAAACGAUUGAGGAUCCGCUUGCCAGAGCUGUUAGACGACGUCUUAAAAAGUUAGGAGUCGAUUCUGGAAUCACCGUAGUUUACUCUUCGGAAAAACCUAAUGUCAAAUUGUUACCAUUGGGUCGGUGUCGACAAUUAAUAGAGGAAAGUAAAAUCACAAAUGCUUCUGAAUACGCGGCAUUGCCAGAUUUUAGAUCUAGGAUCCUACCAGUCUUAGGCAAUAAUUCUUUGCACAUCUUUCAAUCUUAUUUUCCCCUGUUAGAAUUAAUGAAUAACUCGAACGAACGUCGUCAACAUUAG